AUGAUGCGAUCGGAGCCAAAGCUACCGACAGUUGAUCGUAUUGUCACAAGUAUACCUCCUCCUCCGAGCAAAUUAAUGCCUUCAAGUACAGUUUUCGAUUCUAAAGGACGUCCUCAACUGGAUGUUAUUGGACCGCAUUUAAUAGCAGAAGGUCGAUUAACAGAAGAAGCAAUUUUGCGGAUUAUCAGUGAUACAUCAGCUAUACUAAAAUCAGAAAAAACUAUGCUUGAUUUAGAAGCUCCAAUAACAAUUUGUGGAGAUAUACAUGGUCAAUUCUACGAUUUAAUGAAAUUAUUCGAAGUUGGCGGUCCACCUGAAACAACCCGAUAUCUAUUUCUUGGCGAUUAUGUUGAUCGAGGUUAUUUUAGUUUAGAGUGUGUUAUCUACUUAUUCAGUUUAAAGAUUCUACAUCCUCGUAGUCUAUUUCUUCUACGUGGUAAUCAUGAAUGUCGUCAUUUAACACAGUAUUUCACAUUUAGACAAGAAUGUAUCAUGAAGAGUACAGAACGUGUUUAUGAAGCUUGUAUGGAAGCAUUCGACUGUUUGCCUUUAGCUGCAUUAAUUAAUCAACAGUUUUUAUGUGUACAUGGUGGCCUAUCUCCUGAAUUGCAUACACUGAAUGAUAUUCGAAAGUUGGAUAGAUUUAAAGAACCUCCAGCAUUCGGUGCAAUGUGUGAUUUAUUAUGGGCUGAUCCAUGUGAAGAUUUUGGUCAAGAAAGAAAUUCAGAACAUUUUAGUCAUAAUACUGUUCGUGGAUGUUCAUAUUUUUACAGUUUUAAUGCAUGCUGUCAUUUCUUACAAGCUAAUAAUUUACUAUCGAUUAUACGUGCUCAUGAAGCUCAAGAUGCCGGUUAUCGUAUGUACAGAAAGAGCAGACAAACUGGCUUUCCUGCACUGAUCACAAUUUUCUCAGCACCAAACUAUUUAGAUGUGUACAAUAAUAAAGCUGCUAUAUUAAAGUAUGAAAAUAAUGUAAUGAAUAUUCGACAGUUCAAUUGUUCACCGCAUCCAUACUGGUUGCCUAAUUUUAUGGAUGUAUUCACUUGGUCGUUACCAUUUGUUGGUGAAAAAGUUACUGAAAUGUUGGUCAAUGUACUCAAUAUCUGUUCAGAUGACGAACUGUUAUCUGAUACACCAGAAGAUGAAUCACAAAUCACUGCACGAAAAGACGUGAUACGGAAUAAGAUUCGAGCUAUUGGCAAAAUGGCACGUGUGUUUACUGUAUUGAGAGCAAAUGCCACUGGCGCUACUGUCAAGGAUGUAAGAGGUAAUGAAUACCUUGCUAGCCAAUCAUGUAAAGGAAAACAGUUUAAAGAAACAUGUUCUUUAUCGGCAUCUAGUACGGCAAACUUUCCUGUGGAUAAGAAUGGUUGGACAGUUUGCUGA